UUCAAGGCAAUGCUGCUAGACGAGAGCUUUGUUCUGGAGUUUAUCGGCGGCUUGGAGGCGCAGGGCCGCGGAUUUGCCAUCCGUGACCGCUGUCAGGUGGCUUCACUGCUCACGCUGGCGUUGCGCGACGAUCCUGAAUACCUUUUCCAUAUACUCGAAAUGCUCUUGGCUCAGCAGGUGGAGCAAAGCGUCAAGCGCAAUCAUGCCAAGCUGCUGCUGCGCCGCACUGAAAGCGUGGCCGAGAAGCUCCUCACCACCUGUCUGUCUCUGGGCAUGUAUGGUCACAUUCGCCACCACGCUGCGGCCGAACUUUUCAAUCUCUACCAAGCGUUGACCAUGCAGACGGAGAAGGGCCCCAUGGACGCGGUGACGGGCGCGGCCAUGUACACACUCAAUGCUGACACAUUGCUGCGUGAGCGAGUGGACUACCAAACCGUUGAGGUGACGGCACGUCUUUCGGACGGCACGACCAUAUCUACCACAUGCCUUGACUGUGAUACCAUCAGUCAGGUUACGGCGAAGCUCCGGCGACACCACGAGUCUGAGGUUGAAAAGACGGUGCUGUCGGAGCUGAUUGAUGGCGUGCUGCGUGAGGACGGCAGUGGGCGCAUCUUGCAAGACGUAGAUGAAACUUCUUUGGUGACAGCCCGCAGUGUCCAGUUGAACACCUUGCGUCAUUACGGACUUGUUCGAGCUGUGAGCUGCACCAUUUUGAGUCGUCAAGCCUUUGAGGCCGAUCUUGCCGCGCAAAGCGGGCGGCGUCCAAACAAGCGGCGCUUUACUCGGGGCUCAGUGUCCCAGACGUCUGAUGGUGCGCAGGCUACCCUGGCGCAGUGGCACUUGGUCAAGACAGAGACUGAGGCUGCUGCCAACAAGAUGCCCUCGGAGGUCUUCUUGACCUACCUGAUGACGGUCAAAAUGACGGUGCAACCUUUUGUUGAGAAGCUGCUAGAUGCCAUGUUCAACGCAAAAGCUUAUCCUGUGGUGGUCAAGCGCGUUUUUGAUCUGUUGGACCGGUUGGCUGGCGAACAAGGCAUGACAGACCCCGAGGUUCUGCAUGUGUGGAAGAAUAACGCCGUCACGCUUCGUUUCUGGAUCAACCUGAUCAAGAAUCCCGAAUUUCUCUUUGAGGUGGACAAGAGUUUGGCUGUCAAUUCUUGUCUCAGCACCGUUGCUCAGGUGGUCAUGGACGCUUCGUCAACCUCGGAGCAGCAGCUCGGCAAGCACUCGCCUGCCAAUAAGCACCUUUACCGGACAGAGGUUGCCGCUUACAAGAACAAGGUACACCACCAGCAUGAGCCUGACGUGGGACGUGAUGUUUUUUAG